AUGUCAUUGUCUCCAACUUUACAUCAAGUAUGUUCCAGUGAUUUUGUUCAUGACGAUUUUCUGGAAGCAAUGAGCGGCAAGAAACCAACUUUUGGUAGUAAGAGUGAUUGGACUGACCGAGCAUUCUCACGUUUUCAGUUGUUGAUGGACCUUUGUCGACUAGCUAAUCAGACUAUCAAUGCCACCAUUGAUCGUUUUACUAUGCAAUCCAUCGUUAUUUCAAACAUGCUUAGUGAAAAUGAUUUUAAUACACAAAUAAACGUAACUCUCGAUCAACUCUAUCGAUCGACAGUUGCAGAUUUUCGUUUUGCAGUUGACAUACAACGUCUUUUUGUGCAAAUCGAUCAACCUUAUACAGGAAAAGCAACGGAAUCCAACCGCUAUGUUACAAAUCUAAUCAUAAAAAGAAAUAUGACAUAUUCAGUAAACAAUCCACAACCAUCACAGGUAUCAUUUCUUUUCACUGAAAUUUAUGAUGGAAAUUUGACAUUGAUCAAUUGUGGUUGUGCUACUAAUGCUCAUUGUCAAACUUCGGCUUUUAUGUACCAUGAUAAAAAUCUCGCUGAAGACGGUGUUUAUAUAAUACCAGGCAUAGUUGAAGGUUGUUUUGUUAUUAAUUCACUUCUUGACUCCACACUUCAAUGUUUAUAUCCGGACUCAGAGUGUUUUCCAAUUCUAUUCGGUCGUCUACUUGAAGGUUUGACAGAUGAAUUACGAAUGGACUCAUGGUAA